AUGUUGGAUGAGUUUGAAAAAUGGGAAAUGUACGGUCUUGAUGCUAUAGGGGAAGCCGGAACUAAUUACGCCGUCUGGCGUGAAUUUAGUAAUGUUAUUGAAAUCCUGAAUGUUCCGUUUGAAAAAUAUUUCACGGAACACUUGUUGAGCUUGGAAGAAAACCCUGAUCUUGUGCUGAUAGAAUCAUUAUUUCAAGAAUACCAAGACAAUCAAUCAUUAAUCGAAGUUAUAUGCGAUUUGUCUAAUCCUAAAGCAGAUCCACUGGAACCUGUUGCAGAGCACCUCUUCAGCAGUCCCCCUACCUUUAUAUAUUAUGUUAGAGGAAAGAAAGAGAGGUUCGAGAGUAAGGAACAAGAUGAACAAAAGGCAUAUCAGAAUUAUCUCAAAGAUAAACUUCGAGAACAUUUUAAUAAUUUGUGAAAUAUACUUUUUGUUAAUAAACAAUUUUUAAAUAUAUAUAUAUAUAUAUAUAUAAUAUAUAUAUAUAUAUAUAUAUAUAUAUAUUGUUUUUAAACUAUGAACCGUUUAAUGUUCUGCGCUCCAGUAGCUGAGAUAUCCCAAAAUGGCUUGAUAUUCAGGAAAGUCUGACUUAAACUUCAAGUCUUUUAGGAAUUCGGCGGUUGUUUCGGGGUCUUUGGUUAGAUUUUUGAAAUGUUAAAUGACAUGUUCAUGAGUGUCUAGUUUCAUGACGCGUAUAGCUUCGGUGAAUUGUUUCAAAACCGUUUGAUGUUCGAUCACUCGCUUUACUGCUUCCGAUCCAUGCAUUAUCCAUCCCUCUUCUUCGGACAUCAUGAGGCAAUCAUGUCUUUUCUGACUUGGAUGAUUUACUUCACAACCGCAGCAUUUUUCUUUUCGAAGUUUAUGGACUUGGCAGUCAACGGCUUCCGAAAAGAUAGCAUUCAUUAGAUUAUACAGAUUUCUGAUUUCCCAAGGCACAACUUCGUCUACAUUCAGACACUUUGCCCAGAAUACUUGCUCACACGAGUUCAUUUUGACUGUGUAUAGUGACGAUUUGCUUUAUAUAGUAUGGUGUACGUACACCACUACGUCAUGUCCAUCUCUGAUUGGUUGAUGCGUACGAAUAUAAAUUAGGUGUACGUACACGGUGUACGUACACCACUACGUCAUGUUCAUCUCUGAUUGGUUGAUGCGUACGAAUAUAAAUUAGGUGUACGUACACGGUGUAAGUACACCAAUUACGUCAUAAUCAUGCACAUCCCUGAUUGGUUAGCUGUGUUGGAUGGAUAGUAUAAAUAGAGGAGACGGGCGAUUAUCGUUAUUGUGCUCAUAAUUUUCACUUAGGGAAGUUACUUUAAAUAUACUGUUUACAUCGAAAGAGCUUUGUUGGAUAUUUUAUUUGACAACUAGCUUGUUUUCCAGGUAAAUGUUUAUAUUUACUUAAAGGGUAUUUGUGUAAUAAUUUUGUUUGAGGGAAUCGUUUUUUGGUUUAGAUAUGGAAAGAAAGAUUAAAGAAUGUCAGACGAUAGCGGAGCUUUUGGCUUUGGAAAGUCAAAGCGUAUUCAAUGAACUGGAAGAACGUUUAGUGUUUGAGAAGGGAAUGGAGAUUUUUCUGCGGAUAAAGGAAUGGCGUUUGGAAAACGCACGGUUAGGACUAGUACCGGAUCUUACAGAUACCUGGACGCCCGGACAACGCGAAAGCUUUCUACGUAAUUGGCAAGAUGGAGAGCUUCCGAUGCAGAUUAAUCGGGGUGAGAAAAGAUUAUAUGAGGAGAUGAGCAGCGAUGAUGAUGAACCACAAGUCGGUCGCGGACAGAAAAGAUCUUUUGAAGAGACGAGCAACGUUGAUAAUGAACCUGGACAAGAAGGGUCUUAUGAGAACGAGGUUAGCGACAACGUUUUUACGGUACAGAGUGUGAAACAAGUGAAUGUGAAAAAGUUUAAAACCACGGAUAUGGAUUAUCAUAUUCAAUUUACGAAUGCAUUUGCGAAUGUGGAGCUUUCCGAAUAUCAUGAAAGGCUGCAUGAAAUAUUUCAAGGCUUGCUUAAUGAAGUUACGCAGGGCGUUCCUCCUCAUGACCAAGUACGUUUCGUCCUGCAUUCACCGCAACUGGAAAAUCCUAUUUCAUUUCCGUUCAUGCCUCGUGAACGUCUCACUACAGAACGUGUGUUGGCAGAGUUUGAACACGUGAUCCAAUCCAAUCGCCAUUUUCAUCUCAACGAUAGUGUGGAUGUUAAUGUUGUUCAUGUGGAAAUUCCCCAUGGUGGUACAGGUACGAAGCGAGCUGAGAUUAAUUUGGAAAAGCAUUUAAUGAAGAAACGCUCAAUCAUACGGAUCCGGAACAAUGAUCAACUUUGUUUGGCGAGGGCUUUGGUCGUUGCGAAAGCCAAAAUUGAUAACGAUCCCCAGUAUACGAGCAUUGUUGAUCAUCGGAGGGCUAUGCAAACCCGUUUGGCUCUUGAAUUACAUAAAAAAGCUGCCGUCUCUUUGGGUCCUUGCGGUUUGGAUGAAGUCAAGCGGUUUCAGACGUACCUUUCCGAUUAUCAGAACGCUCUUAUUUAUAUUGGUCCCGAUCAAGAGAAGAGAAUUUAUCUGUACCUUUACGAUAAUCAUUACGACGUCAUUACCAAAAUGCCGGGGUUUUUCGCUCGUAAAAAGUAUUGCCAUACAUGCAAGAAAGCUUAUGAUCAUCGAGAAGAUCACCUAUGCCCGAAUGCCUGUCCAUGUUGUCGUUUUCCCGACUGUCCCGUUGAGUCCUGGGUUCGCUGCAAUGACUGUAACCGAAUGUUCAAAAGUCAAGCAUGUUUUGAUCGGCAUAAACAGUCUAGUAAAAAAUCGAUCUGUGCGACGAUGGUUAAGUGCUCGGAGUGUCAUAGAAUUAUCAAGCGCUAUAAAAGAGAUUCGCAUCAUUGCGGUAUGACAAAGUGCCCAAUAUGUAAAGAGUAUACCCGGCCUGGCGACCAUCAAUGUUACAUGCAACCCGUGGAAAAACGAAACGAAAGUUUAUCGGACAGUGACGAUUCGUCUGAGCAUUCUGAGGAUGAUGUUACGGAAGGCGGGUACGACCAAAUGUUAUUCUUUGAUUUCGAGUGUCGUCAGGAAAAUGGAAAUCAUGAACCCAAUUUAUGCGUGAUUCAGAACGAAGCUGGUGACGAAUGGGUAUUUGAAGGGGAUAACACACGGAACGAGUUUUGUGAAUGGUUAUUUCAAAAAGAACGGGCAAACAGUGUGGUGAUGGCCCAUAAUUUCCAGGGGUACGACAGUUACUUUAUUCUGCAAUACUUACGGGAGAACGGUGUCAAGUACGAUAUCGAUGUCAUCGUGCGCGGUGCCAAAGUGCUUUCCUUAUCUGUGGACAUGUUUAAGAUCAAAUUUAUCGAUUCCCUGAACUUUAUCCCGAUGAGAUUAGCAGAUUUUCCAAAAACCUUUGGCAUAGACCAGCUGGCAAAAGGGUACUUUCCGCAUCUUUUUAACAAGAAAGAAAACGAAAAUUAUGUGGGACCGAUCCCACCCACUCCCUACUACAAUCCAAACGGAAUGAGUCCUGCAGCGAAGGAAACGUUUUUACGUUGCCAUAAGAAUUUGAAAGACAAUGAUUACGUGUUCAACUUCCAAGAGGAAAUUCUUGCGUAUUGUCGUUCCGAUGUGGAUAUUCUGCGACACUGUUGCUUGGAAUUUCGCGAACUGUUCCGUGACGUUACUAAAAUCGAUCCCUUUGAGAAAUGCCUUACUAUCGCGUCCGCAUGCAAUCAAGUGUAUCGGACUAACUAUCUUCGUGAAAACACCAUUGCCAUCAUCCCACCGCGCGGUUACUGUCCCGAAAACAAACAGUCCCUUCUUGCACAAAAAUGGUUAUCGUAUACGGCCGAACAAAACGAGAUCUACAUACAACAUGCUCGCAACGGCGGAGAGAAACGUGUUGGUCCGUAUUUGCUGGACGGUUAUCAUGAAGAAACCCGCACGGCCUCUGAAGUCCAUGGAUGUUUCUGGCAUGGUAAGUGUUUGAAUAAACACCUCCCUCGUAUAAACGCCCCCUUAGAAUAGUAUUUUAGAAUAGUAUUUUUGUUUAUUUCUUACAGGAUGUAUAAACUGUUACGCUCGUGAUACAAUGAACCCUGUCAAAGGUAAAACCAUGCACGAUCUUCAUCAAAAAACCGUGGAAAAGAUACAGUAUUUGAAAAAUCAGGGCUACAACGUGGUAGAAGUUUGGGAAUGUAGAAUCAAUCGGGAAUUGGCAGAUAAUGAAGACAUGAAAUAUUACUUUGAUCAGUAUGAUGGAGUCGAUCCCUUGGAACCUCGUGAUGCCCUAUACGGAGGACGAACCAACGCGUCGAGACUUUACCAUGAAUGUAAUGAUGAUGAGAAAAUAAGGUAGGGAGAAAAAAUUUCUGACAUUAUGUUUCUAGGUUAUGUAUGACGUCAUGUUUUACUACGUCAUGUAUGACGUCAUGUAUGAUGUCAUUCUAGAUAUGUGGAUUUUACAAGCCUUUAUCCCUGGUGCAAUAAAAUGACGCGAACGGUUGUGGGACAUCCGCGCAUCAUCACCGAGAACUUUGACGGCAUUUCCACCUAUUUUGGUCUGGUCAAAUGCACAGUGCUUCCACCUCGAGGUUUGUUCCACCCUGUUCUUCCUUAUCGCACCCAGGGCAAGUUGAUGUUUGCGCUUUGCAGGACCUGUGCCGAUGCCUGUAGCCAGACUACCUGCGGCCAUGCUGACCAUGAAAGAGCCAUUCAGGGUACAUGGUGUAGCGUGGACCUGGAGAAAGCGCUGGAGAAAGGUUAUCAAAUCGUACAGAUUCAUGAAGUGUGGCACUUUCCUGAAACCUCGGAUGACCUGUUCAAGGACUAUAUUGACACAUUCCUGAAAAUUAAACAGGAGGCGAGUGGGUACCCGAAAGAUAGUGUCACCGAAGAGCAGAGGCAGCACCACAUGGACGAGUACCUUGAAAAGUCGGGAAUCCAUUUAGACCCCCACAAGAUCGAAUACAAUCCUGGAUUAGUAGAUCAUCAACCCGUUUCCAGUGUAGCCGAUGGUGGUGUCAUUACGUUCCUGUUUCCGGGCACUGAAGAUUAUGUGGACCUUGCUAGAAUGAUUCUUGUGGUGAGAGCGAAAGUGACAAAACCUGAUGGCACGAAUCUCGGAGCAGCCGAAAAGGUAUGGUGUUUUUCAUAUUGAAUACGGCGUUUUCAAAUAUUAAUUUCCUUCUAAUCCGUUUAAGGUUGGAGUGGUGAACAAUUUCCUCCACAGCCUGUUCAAACAGGUGGAUGUCUUUUUGAAAGGGAAACAAGUCACUCAGGCUACCGGAACCCAUGCGUACCGUGCUUACUUGGAAACCCUUCUGAAUUACGGUCCCUCUGCAAAAGAUUCACAGCUCACUGCUGCGUUGUAUUACAAAGACACUGCAGGAAAAAUGGAUGUCGCGGAUCCUACGGUGGCAGGUGGUAAUGGCAACGCUGGUCUCAGAGCAAGAUAUGUUUUCAGCAAAGCAAGUGAAACUGUUGAAAUGACUGGCCCCAUAUUCAGCGACAUAUUCAUGUCCGAACGUCUCCUGUUGAGCUACGUAGAUCUAAAAAUUAUUUUAAAACGAAGCAGCGACGAGUUCUGUUUGGUGGCCUCCGAAGACGAUGCUGAUUUCCGCGUGACACUCACUGAUGCUUAUCUCAGGAUACGUAAAGUGAAAGUCAAUCCUAGCAUUUCCGUGGCUCAUGAAAUAGCUCUGAAAAAGGGACCUGCUAUCUAUCCUAUCCGUCGCGUCGAAUGCAAGAGCUUCAUCGUUCCCGCUGGAAAUCCCUCCCUAAGGAAGGAUAACCUUUUCAAUGGACUGGUGCCAAAAACAUUUGUCUUUGGUAUGGUCGAAAGUGACGCGUUCAAUGGUGCCUUAAAAAAAUAA